AUGGAAAGAUCAAUUGAAUGGAGGUAUUCUUCUCCCUCUGAGGAGCUCCAAAAGUGCUCUCAUGGCAGCGAUUCAAGUCCAGUAGAUAGGAUCAGCAAUCUGCCGGAGCCCAUCAUUUGUUACAUUCUCUCUUUAUUGCCCACAAGAUUUGCUGUUGGAACUAGCACUUUAUCGAAAAGUUGGCGGUUUCUGUGGACUCAAGUUAACACCUUUGACUUGGACGAUGAGUUUCUCCCUUACAGUGGCAUCAAUUACGAGGACUGGGGCACGUAUUUUCGGGGAAUCGUUAACAAGCUUUUGAUUCAACUGAAAUCUAAAACUCAGAAAAAGUUUCGUCUCUCUUGGGUGUACAGUGAAAUAGAAGAUGCAAGUAGAUGGCUCGACAAAGCUAUUAUUCAGAAUGUUAAGGUUAUUGAUAUGAUAAAUCAUCCCUCUGUUAGUUCUGGGAUUCAACUACCAGAUAUCUUUUUCACCUCUGGGCCGCUGGAUUUUUGA